AUGCUGAAUAAGAUUUGGAGAAAAUUUACACAAUUAAAAGAAAAAUAUCAGAAUAAGUAUUCUUAUACGAGUUCUACAGAAAAUCUCCUGAUUGGUUAUUGUUUAAUGUUCAAUACCUAUUCAACAUGGGAAGGAAAAGCGUUAUGGUUAGAAGAUUUAUAUGUCAAACCAGAAUAUCGUAAAAAAGGCAUUGGUCAAAUGUUUUUCAAAGUCACUGUUCAAAUUGCCAUUGAUACUGAAUGUGCACGUCUUCAGUUCUCUGUACUAAAUUGGAAUAUUGAUGCAAUUAACUUCUACGAAGCACGAGGAGUUGUGGAUAUGACAAAAAAAGAACAAUGGCAUGUUUUUCGUAUGACACGUGAAAAAAUGAAAUUCUAUUUAGAAUAA